AUGGGUCUUUCACCAUUGCAGAAGUGUACUUCUGCUAUUCGUAUGUUGGCAUAUGGAUCUUCCGCUGACAUUGUAGACGAAUAUGUUCGAAUUGGUGAAAGCACUGCAAUUGAGUGCUUAGAGAGAUUCGUAAGGGGCGUGAAUGAGGUAUUUGGGGCUGAGUAUUUGAGAAUGCCUAAUAACAAUGAUGUUGAGCAUCUUUUACAAAUGGGGGAGUCACGUGGAUUUCCAGGCAUGCUAGGUUCCAUUGAUUGUAUGCAUUGGGAAUGGAAGAAUUAUCCUGUUGCGUGGAAAGGACAGUUUUAUCGAGGUGAUCAUGGUAAACCCACGAUCAUGCUUGAAGCAGUGGCAUCACAAGACUUAUGGAUUUGGCAUGCAUUUUUUGGUAUUGCAGGUUCAAACAAUGACAUUAAUGUGCUAAACCAAUCUAAUGUGUUUAACGAUAUUUUGGAAGGACGUGCUGCUACUGUGCAAUAUACAAUCAAUGGGACUCCAUAUAAUAUGGGGUAUUAUUUAGCGGAUGGUAUAUAUCCUGAGUGGGCUACAUUUGUCAAGACCAUUUCAAUGCCGCAAGGAGAAAAGAGAAAACUAUUUGCACAACAUCAAGAAUCAGCUAGAAAGGAUGUGGAACGGGCAUUUGGAGUGUUUCAAUCUCGAUUUGCAAUAAUACGUGGUCCAGCGCGUGCUUGGCACAUGGAAACCCUCAAGCAUACCAUAUAUGCUUGCAUUAUAUUGCACAACUGUUUACGGUGA